CAGUGAGUGGAGCGCGUGCACGAGCCUCUCCUCUCUCCCUCCCCCCUUCUCCGGCUUGGUCCCCCUCCCCGCUCCCCAGGCGCGCGCCCGGCGGUGUGGGCGGGGCUUGAGGAGCGGGGGGUCUGGAGAGGCGGGACUAAAGGAGCAUCCAAUCACAGACUUUGGAGGGGGGCCUCGCCUCCAUCCUGGCGCCCCGGAGACCACCCAGCCUCGCCCCCUCUUUGGUCUUUCUUCAGCCCCGUCAGCACCCCCCAGCAACCUAACCUUUCCUGGACCUGUGAACUCCACCCUGACAGUCAGCUCCGAUCCUGGUUUCUUACCUCACCUUUGAGUUCAGCCACAAAACCCACAUCCCCCAACCACAGCUCCACCGCAGGCUCCCCCUCUGCUUAGCCCAACCUUAGUCUCUCCCCCAACCCAAACCCUCUUCUCUUGCUUUCCCCGACGCUUCACGGUUUCUUCGUCCGCCUAGACAUUUAAUGUGUACCCAGACCUAGGGGCCACAGGCCUUUGUAGGGGGGGCCACGUUCUGCUGUCCGAACUUCAGAGGAGAAAAAUCUUUAGACUUCAGGAAAAUCUUUAGAUUUAUUUUAGGCAUUUAAGUCUCCAACAUGCUUCUUAACUAGUAAAAUAACAGUAGCUGUAGACCUAGGGGCAUAGGAUAUAGAAUAGCACAGGAUAUAGAAUAGAGUAACUUUGGCACUGUUACCACUUAAGGGGCAUUUGAGGCAAUAGAAAGUGGUUAGAUUCACUUCCUAAUAAGACACCUCCUUCCCUUGUCAUCAUCCCUGCUUCUUCACUACUUUGUUUCCUUCCUCUUAUUCUGCCUUCUAGUAGAACGCCUAAGCUUGCCUCUGACAGAGCUUACUUGAAGUAGGGAAUGCGGUGAAAAGCAGAUGGGAUCUGGUAAGAGCAGAUCUAGCCUGGAGUCCCAGCUCUGCCACUGACCAGCCUGGUUGCUUUGGACAAGUCCCUAUUCUGAACCUCUGCUUCCUGAAAUGUAAAAUGGAUAAUAAGGAGGAACAACACAGCAUGCUGGGCUCUGGAUUUAAAGCUGAGCGUUUACGAGUCAAUUUGAGAUUAGUCAUAAACCGUCUUAAACUAUUGGAAAAAAAAAAAACGGAAUUGGCCCAGAAAGCAAGGAAAGAGAUUGCUGACUAUCUGGCUGCUGGGAAAGAUGAACGAGCUCGGAUCCGUGUGGAGCACAUCAUCCGAGAAGACUACCUUGUGGAGGCCAUGGAGAUCCUGGAGCUCUAUUGUGACCUGCUGUUGGCUCGGUUUGGCCUCAUCCAGUCUAUGAAGGAACUAGAUUCUGGUCUGGCUGAAUCUGUGUCUACACUGAUAUGGGCUGCUCCUCGACUCCAGUCAGAAGUGGCUGAGUUGAAAAUAGUUGCUGAUCAGCUCUGUGCCAAGUAUAGCAAGGAAUAUGGCAAGUUAUGUAGGACCAACCAGAUUGGAACUGUGAAUGACAGGCUAAUGCACAAACUGAGUGUGGAAGCCCCACCCAAGAUCCUGGUGGAGAGAUAUCUGAUUGAAAUUGCCAAGAACUAUAAUGUGCCCUAUGAGCCCGACUCUGUGGUCAUGGCAGAAGCUCCUCCUGGUGUAGAGACCGAUCUUAUUGAUGUUGGAUUCACAGAUGAUGUGAAGAAAGGGGGCCCUGGAAGAGGAGGAGGGGGUGGUUUUGCAGCACCAGUUGGUGGACCUGACAGAACAGUGCCAGUGCCUAUGCCUGUGCCUAUGCCCAUGCCCUCUCCAAGUACUCCUUUUUCCUACCCACUUCCAAAGGGACCAUCGGAUUUCAAUGGAUUGCCAAUGGGGACUUACCAGGCUUUUCCCAAUAUUCAUCCACCUCAGAUACCAGCAACUCCCCCAUCGUAUGAAUCUGUUGAUGACGUUAAUGCUGAUAAGAAUGUCUCUUCUGCACAGAUUGUUGGUCCUGGGCCCAAGCCGGAAGCCCCCGCAAAGCCCCCUUCCAGACCUGUGGACACCUGCGACAACUUUGUACUACCAGAGUUGCCGUCUGUGCCAGACACGCUACCGACUGCAUCUGCUGGUGCCAACACCUCAGCAUCUGAGGACAUUGACUUUGAUGAUCUUUCCCGGAGAUUUGAAGAGUUAAAAAAGAAAACCUAGAUCUCUUAAGCCAGGCAACCUCCAGGCUCUGGGAUUUGAGAAGGCACUGUUUCUCCUUGUAACAAAGAAUCUCCGUGCAAUUCUUUUUCAUCUCUUACCAUCACUGAGCACACUUUUCCUUUGGGCUCUCUUCCUGCUCUAAAUUCUGCUGCUUUCCAGUUCUCUGUUGCUCUUAAGAGACUAACAAUUAGAGUCAACGAGGCCAGAGCAGCCUUGGCAACCUUGCUUGUUCGUCUCCUUUGAGUGUGAUCCCAGGUUCGCCCAUCACCUGUCCUGUCCCUCCGCAGGGAAAAGGUGAAAGCAUUGUAAGGAGAGCUGCCAAAGAUGGCUGGACACGGAGGACAUUACUUCAUGAAGUCUCUCUCAGUCCUGUGCUGAAGUUCUAGAUUUAGAAACAAACCCCUCUGUACAGAGGGAUUUGUGGUGAGCAAGAAUCAAGACAAAAAGGUGUGAUAUGAAUGGGAAGAGAGACUGAUGCUGGAAGCCUCUUUAAUAGUUCUUGGAAGCUGGGUCCUCUCAUUGGCAUAUACACUACUUCUUGCUGCAGGGCAUUGUUCUACCUGGAUCCAGUUGCAAAGUUUAUUUGGAAAGUUGAAGGCUUCUCUUAGUUCUGCUGGAUUCUCAGGGAGCCCUCCGUGGCCUUUUGCUUUGAGUGCUGUGUUCUCCUUUUACCAGAGGGCAACACUGCAUAAAUUCCUGUUUUUCCCCAUAGCAUGUUCUGUUGGAUUGCAUUUACUGGCAAAUGGCGGACAGGUCACAUGUUGGGCAGAAGUCACCAUUCAAGGCUAAGGUGGGCUUCCAGGUGCCUUAAUAGAAGUACUCAAAUCUCUUGGGUAGUGAGCUGGAAUGCCUACAGGAGAAGAAGGGUUCUUGUUUUCAUUUGAAAACUUUAUGAUUAAGAGAACCUUUAAAGACUGAUUUCAGAAAAUUUUUUGGUGCCCAUAAAAAACGUGGCUGUAGUUCACUACUUUCCUAGAUGGAUGAGACUAUUACUAUUGUAACUUAAUGUGCUCCUUUUCCCUGUAGAUAAGGCUGUCCUUCCCCAGAGGGAUGGUUUUGGGAUCAGAAGGUAGGACUCUGGCUUAUGUGUAGUGUAAUGUAUAUACUUGUUUCAAGCAACUUUAGUGUUUUUGAUUGGUUUGUAUCUAUCUCAUAGCUCAGUAGCUGAUAAUAAAGUUAAAAAUUCUGUGCCUUGCUGAAUUUGGUUUGGUCAAACGAUGAGGUGCACAUUUGGAUUUUAGUGGAGAUUAUUUUAAGCAGUGACCCAUCCUGGGCACAAGCCAGACCUUAACUCUUUGGUUCCCUGGGUCAUGGGGAUGCCUGCAGCAGCGAGGAGCCCAUUUCAAUCUGUGUGUGUGUGUGUGUUUUAAUGUUUAUUUUUGCAAGAGAGUGAGCAGAGGAAGGGCAGAGAAGGAGACAGAAUCCUAAGCAGGUUCCACACUAUCAGCACAGAGCCCGAUGUGGGGCUUGAACCCAUGAAUCAUGAGAUCAUAAUCUGAGCCGAAAUCAAGAGUCAGACGCUUAACUGACUGAGCCUCGCAGGCGCCCCUCAACUUCUGUAUUUAAGCCUAGAUAGCAUUUGUGAAUUUGCUUGGUUACUCCUCUUGGACAGGGCUCUCCAUUACCCAAACCUCAUGCAUUUAUCUUUAAAAUAAGCUGCUGUCAGGGCGCCUGGGUGGCUCAGUCAGUCAAGCGUCUGACUUCAGCUCAGGUUAUGAUCUCACCGUUAGUGGGUUCUAAUCCCUGUUGGGCUCUGUGCUGACAGCUCAGAGCCUGGAGCCUGCUUCGGAUUCUGUGUCUCCCUCUUCAUUGCCCCUACCCCACUUGUGCUCUGUCUCUCUCAAAAAUAAACAUUAAAAAAAAAGUAAGCUGCUGUGAGCCCACUUGUGAUUCAUUUGUAUUUCCGACAGCCAUACUGAAACAUUGGUGAUGAGUGUUUUUUUACUUGUUGUUUGGCAGCAGAGCUGGAUUAUUCUGUAUCACUCUUACAGGGUUAACCCUUUCCUGACCGUGAUCUAUAAACAGAAGAACUUGCAGCCACGGGGGAUUUUGAUUCCUCAGUGAUUUACAAAAUUAACAGUGCAUUAUAUAUAAACAUUGGUAAUUUUCUAAACUGUGCCAUGCAAAGAUAAGUAAUAAUAUGCUAAGUAGUAAUAAGCCAGGGUGGGAAUGAACAUGAUUAAGAUAGUUCAUUUUUUAAAACUCCACUGUUAAUGCCCAUUGCUAUCAUGACCAUUUGCUCAUGUGUUCUGGUGCCGCUGGAUUCCUAGCAAACUCUCUGCAGCACCAUCUGUGAAUGCACCUUCUUUUAGAGUCUGUUCAAAGACAAAAGGAGAAGAGUGGGGGAAAUUAACAAUUGAUCCUGAUGUUGGAGAGAAAAAGUACCACAAGAUACCAAAAAAAAGUAUGAAUAGUAAUACUGGAAAUUUCCUUUUAUGAUUUACUGUCAGGCAUUGGAGUGUUUCUGCUAAAUAGCGGAGGACCAGGUGUUUAUAGGACAGUGGAUAUAGAACAUAAUAUAGUCUUGGUAAACUGGGUUUCCUAUAAAAAUGGUUGGCAGAGACCAAUAAAGGGAAUAUGCUAAUACUGUGCAUUAUGUCCGCCUAAGAGCAGCAACAGUUGAGCUUUUCCAAUGCUAGAAGAAUCAUGACAUUUAUAUUUCAGUUACUGAGAGACUUACCUACCUUAAGGGACUUUCUUUACCAAAGGCCAUGAGGAUGACAAACAAAAAGGUUAAUGAUCACAAGUACUAUCAAGAUGACACUGGUGAGGAUCAGAAAAGAACCCAGGAUUGGCUCUAAAACAACAACCUGGAAAGAGACAAUAAAAUUUUGAGUUUAAAGAUUGUCAGUUUAAUUUCUACUUUAAAAAUGUAAGUUAUAUGCUUAUGUUUGGGAUAUAGUCAUAUAAAAUAUUUGGUGGAAACUUGGAGAAGCAAAAUUAUUAAAAAGGAAAAUACUUUUGAGUGGACAGAAGAGAAAGAAUGAUAGACUGGGUGGGUAUAAAAAUAAUUGACUUCAGUGUUUUCACAGGUAAACAGGUGAGUCACAAUAGCAGUAUAAUUCAAAACCCAUGUGAGUUUUGGCAGUUCUGGAAAAUAUAAACAUGGAGGUUUGAAAGAGUAGCAAAAGGUUACAUCAGAAAUCCUGAAAACUGUCUCUGCCGUUCUAUGACCUCUACUUUAAACACAGGAGCAUUCUAAUAAAAUUUAACAGGUUAACCAUAAAAACUGGCUUUUUAGUCUUUUUUUUCUUUUUAUUUAUUUAGAAAAUCCCAAGCCAGGCUCAAACUCAUGAACUGUGAGAUCAUGACCUGAGCCAAAAUCAAGAGUUGGAUGCUUAACUGACUGAGCCACUGAGGUGCCCCUAAGUUGGUUGUUUUUUUAAGUGUUAUCUUUAAAAGUGUAAUUGCUGAGUUUUGCCUGUCUUUUCAGCAUAAAGACAUCUCUCAAAUACAGGGUUACUAGAGUGGUUUCCAUAACAGCAUUUUAAUUUACAUGUUCAUUUUAACAAAUGAUGCACUUUUUCCCUUGAUAUUUUGGCUCAUUCACUGUUGCCACUAGGGUACCGUUAAAAAAACCAAACAGCCCAACAACUUAGAGGGUGAAUGUUUAUAAUAAAUACCACUGUGAUGGAAAUCUGUAUGACCAAAUAUAUCCUAGUAACAAUACAUCAUCCACUUAAAAGUGCUUAAUUAUAGCUACUCUAUCUAGGUCAUCAAGUAACUUGAGACAAUCUCAGAUUGUGCUGUAAGACUUUGCCCAAUAAGUACACUCCAUUUUCCCUUCACAUUGUAUAUGAUUAUGAUUAAAGCAGAAAAAGAGUUAAGUCAAAAAGGAGGUGUUAGCAAAAGCUUAUUGUUGUGAUUGUUACUUCCUUAAGAGCUUUAGUAAAUAAAGUGUUCCAAGAGUGAUGGCUUCA